UAGAACUUUAGUAGCUUAGUCAAAUUUGACUUUGCACUAAUUUUUGUAUGGACUGUCUACGUACUUGUUGCCUAAUAGGACCUAAUUAAUAUUUGGAUUACCUAUGCAAUGGCGCAUACAGCUCUGCAGAAUUCAAAUAAUCCUUAUGCAAGCGGAAGACUCGUAAGACGAAGCUCACAAGACCUCGGUUUGCAGAUUGAGGUUUAUGAAGGUUAUUACGAAUUCCUCCGACGUUAUACACUUGGUGAACGUUUUGGAUCAGGUGGAUUUGGUCAUGUUCAUCAUGCUAGGCGUACAUCUGACAAUAAAGAAGUUGUAGUGAAAGAAGUCCGAUCAGAUAAAGUUCCAUGUUGGUGUUUGGUAAGUAAAUAUGUUUAAUAAAGUAUAUGGAUCCUGCUUCACCAUAAUUAUUUAUCAACCUGGUCGAAAUGUCUUGCUACAUUUUUCGUUUUCCUUAACCACCUGUUUUUAAUUUGCUUGAGUUAGUAGUAAUUUCGUUUUAAUCCUUUUGUAUUAUUAUUCACACCGAUCCAUCCCUAUUUUGAUGUGCUACGUAUUGGUGUAUCAUUUAUAAUGACGAUAGAUCCACAUUUAUGGUUGAUAUAUAUGUAGUCAACUGCCAAUGUGGUCAUGAUAAUUAUGUAAAAUUUGUGAAAGAACUGCGGUACUUAUUGAGAUUUAUUCACUGGCUCUCAUACAAAUAGUAUAGAUCAAAGUCAGGUAUAUAAAACUGGACUUGAUUCAUCAUUUAUUGGUAAACUUUUACUUUACGUAUUCCACCUUUAUGAUCGAAUACUCAUUCGUGUAUUUGGCUUGUACGCUUAUUUCCGCAUUGGGAAUAAUGUUAUCCUUCUGCCUAAAAUUAAGCUUCAGCAACGUACAAACAGUUUCUCCUGGUUAAGAUUUGUUUAUUUUCUGAACUAUGUUGCAGCCACAAUCGUAAUAUCUCUUCGCUUAUUUUCAAUUUCUAGGUUGUUCGAUUGCUUUUUGUGAAGCCAGCACUUGCUAGAAUAUCUAGUUUGUUUGGACCUGCUGUUUUUUGAUACAAUUCACUCAUUAAAUUAACAUACAUUUACCUGUCAUGAAUUAAGAUUGAAUGUGCUAGUCCCAGAUUGUUAUUCCAUCGUGAUAGGCAUACCCCAAUUCAUUUACAUUUGACAGUUCAGUCAGAGUCGUGGGGAUUUUGUAGUAUGUAACAUGAUAACUAAUGCCAUCAUAUAAUAUUCUAAUACAUUUCGUAGGUUAUCAGUAUUUUGUUUAGGAUAUUAAUGUAAGUGAAAUUCAGCCCUUAAGAGUUCUAAAUUUUCUCCAACGGGUUAUAGAUAAAAGCAUUUGACUUUGUUCUUCUGAGUACAUAAAUUCAAGUUCUCAGUCCCGCCAGGGAGAAAAUCACCUAUGUUUUUAAAUAAAUCAUAUUCUGCUAUUUAUGGAAAUUAUUUUGAGAAACCAUUUGUUUUUGUGGUCAAAUUUUCAUUUAAGUGAUCAUGUAAGAAGUAAUGCAAGAACACUAAAUGAAGUUGAACAGUAAUCGAUCGGUGUUAAGGCACAAUGAAAAUUGUAGUCUUGAAAUAGACACGUGAAGUGGUGGCAGAUGUGGAAUCCAAAUUCACAGAGAGCUUCGACCGUUUAGUCAUAAGAUCCGAGACCAUUCCAUUCACUUCUGUUUGAAAGGACAUGUAUUAUCACUGUUAUUUACACUGUAACUCAGAACCGUGUAAACGUGAAUGUGCUAUUGAAAUAUGGAGUAUCCAAAUCGCAAUACAUUCGACAAGUUUGCUCCUGGGACCUAAUAACUGAACGUCCAGUACAUCAACUAGAAAGCUAGCAUUUUACAAACAGUUUAAGCACUUAACACAGCAUACUCCGGUCACUUUAGUCCAUAUAAGUUCGCAGUUUGACUUACAACCUUUCGUAAUCUUGUGUUAGAACUUGAUUUUAACUGUCUAAGAAAAUGCGCUAGGGGCGUGUAAUCGUUACUAAUGUAUGGGAUUCUACUCGAAUCGUCAGUUUACACCUCAUUUUAGCACCCUAUUUCAAAAGAUUUUACAUGAAACUGGUUUUUAUUAGGAUUUCGUCAUAUUUUAGUAAACGCAAUUAAAUAAACAGUAGUAAUUUUCAAACUUACGUAACUAGCUACCAUUAGCUAAUUACACUGUUACCUUUUUUAACCUCUAAUGAUUAGUGGUAAACCACUCGAUUCAUUUUGCUUGACCUAUUUUAGACAGUCGAAUUCAUUGACUAGUCUGGUAUAUUGAUGAUCUUAUUUCAUAAGUGAUUGUAGCUAUUAAGGUUUUUGUUCCCUAUCCUAUGACCUCACUAAUGUACUUUAUCAUUUUUGAGACUUGUUAACAUAGGAGUUGAAUUAUUUUAUACAUGACAUCUAGCAAUUUUUAUUAAAAUAUUUCGACUCGUUGAUCUUUAAGAUUUUUCAUAUUCAUUUUCUAGUUAAUAUCUAGUAUAUAAUUUGCUUUAUUAUUUAUCUAUUUUGCAAGUACCUUAGGUGGUACUAAAACUACAAAAAUACUAUUUUAUCCCUGUUCCCUUAAUUCUCAAUGAAUAAUUUACUAAUGUUGUUCUGUAUAAGCUUUGUCUGAUUCGAAGUAGUAUGACUAAAAUUCAGACUGCUCAGAGUUGUAGUUGUAGUAUUGUUUUGUCUCAAUCUCUGAGUAUUCAAAUUCUUUGUUGUCUUAUCUGUAUACACAUAAAUAUGUAGUGUUAACUACUUGGUUAGUUGGUGAAUUUUUGCUGCUCUCCCACCAUAAUCAUUCAUUAACUAUCACUGACAGUUCACCGUUAUGUUUGUUCAUGUAUGUGAAUUGCUCGUGUCCAUGUGCUAGGUCACAAGACCAUUUGUCUGAUAAUUAAGUUGUAUGUAUCUCAAUUAUGGCUAUAGUCAAAAAUUCAGUUAUUCUGCUAUUACUAUAAUUCAUUUUUUAAAAUUAUCUUGUUAAUUCACUUAUUUUCUUUUUGUCAUAAUAUUUGUUUAGUUGGACAAUCAAUUAAUGCCAAUUGAAGUUGUACUUCUAGUUAUGUGUCAAGGUUUACCUGGAAUAGUUAAUUUAUUAGAUGCCUUUAAUUUUGGUCAAUCUUGGGCAAUUGUUAUGGAUCAAGUCUCUAGUACAACGUGUGAUAUGUUUGAUUAUAUUGGUGAACGUGGAAUGUUAUCAGAAAGUGAAGCUGCUUUUUAUUUUCACCAAUUAACUGGUAUAUUAUUAUCAUGUCAUAAAGUUGGUGUAUUACAUCGAGAUAUUAAAGAUGAAAAUAUUCUGAUUAAUCGUACAACAAAUGAAUUGGUACUUAUUGAUUUCGGUUCUGGUGCAUUCUUGGAAUCACGUUUGUAUACAGAUUUUGAUGGUAAGUUUAGAUGGGAGUAAAAACAAAAAAAUCUGUCCUAAAGUUAACUUUAUUUGUUGGGAGAGGGAAUCUUGCUUUUUUUAAUAGAUGAAAAGUCCAAUGUCCUGUAACUAGAAAACCUAUAUGUACCACGUUUUUUUAUAGUUAGUGUUUGAAUUCUUGUUGACGAUGAUGUUUUAUGGAGAAACAUCAAGGAUGCAGCACUAGUUAAUCUAACAAAUCACGUUAUUUUAAUGAUCUUUUUUUGAUCACAUUUACUUAAUUGGUUUUUAUAGUGACUUAUAGUCAAUCAACUUGAUGUAGAACUUGUGAACUAGUUAUAGUCAGCCAAAUUUCUGAUUCCUGAUAACUUUCUUUAGGCAUGGAAAUUUACUUCACUUUCAAGUGAAUAUGAGUAUGGUGAGAAAGAAUAUUUUACUGUUACUUAUUGCCUUUAACGUGUGCUAUAAAUUAUAAUUGAUUGGAAAAAGAAAGAACUAUGGUUAACCAGAUUAAAAUACAAUACUAGUUUAUAAAGUUAUUAAUUGUUAGUCUGAGUUGUUUACGUAGUUAUAGACUAGAUCACAUGUUUUAAGCAAGUCUCGAUGGCCAAAAUACUUUUAUUUCUAAGUUGUGAAUACAUUAUUGUUUUCAUUGUACAGUUUCAUCUCUUUUCAUUUUUAUUUAUAUUUUGGUUUGAUACUACUGUUACUUUCAACGUUUUCACUAUUUGGCUUUUGUCUGUUAAUUUCAUUUUGAUGUGUUGAUAUGAUGUACAGCAACUUAUACUGAUACAUAUUUAUCCAAGAUCAUUUUAUUUGGCUAUUUCUCUGUUUCAUGUCCAACUUUAUUUUCUAAGCAUGAAAGUAAUGGAUUAGUUGUCUAAAUGUUUGUUUUUUCUACAAUUAAAUCUCAAGUUAGGAAUCCCUUUAAUCUAUUUCGGGAUGCAGAGCCUGAUAGUACUAAUUGAUACUCACUGCAAAUGUGAUUAUAAGCUACAUGUACAUACUUGUUAAACAAGUAGUCAUCUAUAAUUGUGGAAAUGUAAACAUUAAAGUAGUUGUUAUAAGCAUAGAUGGAUGGUGGGUAGCAGUGAAAUCCAGGACGCGCAUUUCAUCCUGUUUGAGACUGAUCCUUGGCAGUCCUAAAUGUCUAUGGCAAGAUUCAAACAACCAAUACAAAAUGAAUUAAAUUUCACCUUAUAAGAGAUUGACAAAUAAGUCCCAAACGUCAAUGGAAAGAUUAAAACGAUACAAUAUGAGUUAAAGUAGAAAAUUUAAAUCUAUACGUUAUAUGAAUACUGUUUCCUAUGUACUCAAUAUUCUCAUCUUUCGUUACAUUCCAUGUUUUUCAUAUUAGGCACCCGUGUUUAUAGUCCGCCUGAGUGGAUUUUAAAUAAUCGAUAUCAUGGCAAACAAGCUGAAGUUUGGUCUUUAGGUGUACUACUCUAUGAUAUGUUAUGUGGUGAUAUCCCUUUUGUUAAUGAUAAAAGUAUUAUCGGAGGGAAAUUGCGAUAUCGUAGAGACAAUAUAAGUGAAGCAGCAAAACAUCUUAUUGCGUAAGUCAAAUUUUAAUUUUUCUACCCGAAUCAUUUCAAUGCCUAAUCUUUCCUAUUACCACUGAUGCUGUUACUACCUUUACUAUUCUUACAUUUGUUCUGACAAUUUCAUCAAUCUAUCAAUCAAUGGGAUAGGACAACUUGGAUUGAUGUAUAUACAUACCAGGUUCUACGUUGUGACUGACUGAUUAGUUUUUUUCAAAUACAUUUCUCAGAAAUGGUAGAAAUUUAAUUCGAAUCUUUUGACUAGUUAUCCAAAAAGUUUACUUGACUAAUCCAAAUAUUUGAUGAGAAGUUUUACAAAAAUUACCAGCUAUGACAUUUGCAUGAGAGAUUUAUGCGUGACUAGCGUGUAUAUUUGUAGUUGUUAUUUGUAAUAGUCAAUAUUAUGUAGUCUAAAUCUAUCAUAAAUGCUGUGCUUGUAAUUUCAUAAGUAAUCAUAAAAAAAAUCUUAAAUAAUCGUCGCUAAUCAAAAAAGUACAGAUAAAUGGAUCUUAACGAUUGGGAGGCGGUAAUCAGUCGAUUAUAUCUACUGAAAAUAAUUUACAUCAUUUUUGAAGCAGCAUUUAAUAAUGACCAGUUCUGUUUCAAGAAACUGGUAAAAAUUACAUACUAGAUAAAGUGUAUCAAAUCAAAUAGGAGGGUUAGUCAUGGAGAUAAGAGAGGUAUUAGGAGGAAGGAUUUGAAUGUGACCAACUUGGUCUCAUGUGCUGUUACGGGUCUCCUUAUUCCUCCUUGUCUCUUUUUUUCUCUUCCCAAAUUUAUUUCGCUGUAUUAUAUUCUUUAAAUAACAUCUCCAAACACUAAUUUUCCUGAUUACUGCUUAUACUCUUAUUACCUCUACCGCUACGGGAUUCGAAUCGACCACUUCAUCUCUGUGCUAAUGUGGUGUGGUAACUCGAACUGAUGUACGUACGUACGAGUUCUACGUUGUUACUGACUGACUGACUGAUCAAAUCAAAUUUCUCAGAUUCAGUUUAAAUACCUAACUUCUGUGCGUUGUAUUCGCGUUUACAUUUCCACUGACAUAUGCUAGUAACAAAUGUACCUUAAACUUUUCAAUUUAUCCUCCUAAAUAUAGUAGCAUGAUUCCAAAUGGUAUCUAAUGUUAUAAUUAGAUUGAUGUGCUAUGUAACACCAUAAACACAUCAUUGCUUUUUGAAUGGUGUUAAUGAACUUUAAAUUACAUUUUACGAAGUUUAUUUAUACAGUCCAACCUUAUGCACGUAGGCUGGAUAAUUUUUUGUAAGACCAAUCACCAUACUAUUUAAAAAAUUUCGGCAUAAUCUAUACUUUCCAAGCUUUCUUAAACUAUCCCCUAUUAGUGUCUUUUUUAGUGUUGUGACGUAAUGGAUGACAGAUUACUUGGCUUACUCACUAUAUGGAUAUAGUUUUGUUACAAUUCAGUGUUUACUAUUACAACAAAUUCAUUAUGACAAUUAUGUUUCUAAAAAAUCUUAAUGUUACUUUUAUUUUCUUCAUUGAUACUUAUUAUUCAUUUAUUAUAAAUGGAUUCGAUUAUUAUGUAUGUAUAUAUACUUAUUAAAAAUUUUUAGGAGUUGUUUAAAUAUGGAUCCUUCUAAACGUCCAUCUUUGUUGGAAAUCCUUCAACAUCCAUGGAUGCAAGCCCAUCGACCUCAAACUGGUGCUAAAAUUCCACUAGCUUCUCAAAUAGCCUUGGAUGCCUUGGAGAAGGGAUCAAACUCGGACGCUACUCUAAAUAUUUCAAAUUUAUCUGAUUUACAUUCUGUAGAAGUGCAAAGUUCAAGUCUAUCAAAUCAAAUGAUAUCUGGUUUUCCACAUUCUUGUUCCUUUACAAAUCCUUCCGUAGGUAUUGAUGACAAGCAUAAAAAUAAACAAACUAAUAGUAUUGACCACUCACAAACAAUUUUAGAUUCAAAUUCUUGUUCUUCCGGUAUGGAUAAUCGCUCAAGCCUUCAUUUUCAUAUCCCUUCAGGUACCACUGAAUUAGUAGGAUCAAGUAUUGGUUAUGCUUUCCAUGACUUUCUUAGAGAUGAGGUUUCGAUUGGUGAAUUUUCUCAAUCUCCUGUGUCUAGUAUAUCUCCUCAACUUGAAACAGCAUGGUCUAUUCCAAAUAGAAAAAUUGAUGAACGAGUUGAUUUAAAUAUUCAGACAUUUCCUCCAGAUAGUAGAUUAUCAUGUCAACAAACAUCAUGCCCUGAAAUUAUACCGCGUCUUCAUUCCAAUGAGUCUGAUUCUAGCUCUGGCUAUUAUUCACGCUCUGAUUCUUUGUCAUCGAACGACGGGAAACAGCUCAUUUCAGCUGUAAAUGUUAGUAACUUACGCACUUGUUCAACUGCAAGUCAUAUGGCAUCUGUUAUGUCAGUUACUAAACCUGUCACAACAGCUGUCAAUGAUAAAUCUCCUUGUUCAACUGCAGUAUCCUCUUCAUAUUCCCGACUUCAAAAUAUAGAUCUUCCUGUUCAUUUACAUUAUUGGCGUUCAGGUAGUUCCAGUAAAACAUCUUCUGAUUCAUCGUCAUCUUACUCAUCUACGAAAUCUAAUUGUCUUGAUAAACAGCUCCGGCAAAUUAGUGAAAAUACACCAACCAUUCCUUACUCAUCUUCAUAUCUUAAUCCUUCUUGGUCCGUAAUUUUAAAUUCAUCUAAACCUACAUCCCAAAUGUAUUCACCUAAUACAACUCAUUCCAGUGUACCGUGUUCAGGUGUGACUGCAUAUUCCCCAACUACAAAUGCUAUAACAAGCUCAAAUACAGAUAUGGUAGACACAUUGAGUAGUCCGUUAUCAUCUUCAACUUCAAAAUUAAAUUCUUCUCUAUCAACUCACGAUUGGUUUCUAAGUGGUAAUAAUGUUGACAUGGAUCACGUAUGACUGUAAACUUUUUUUUAAUGUACACAAUCAUUAUAGAAAAAAAAGUAAGAGAAGUAGUUAAAAGUCAAUACAUCCUAAUCUGUAAUGUACUCUUUCAGUAGGAAAUAAUCAAUACAUUGAUCUGAUUAUUUUAUAUUCACAGUACAUCAUAGAUUUAAAUGUUCCACGCUUUAAUUAUUGUUCUUGUUUUGUUUUUAAAUAUCAUAAUUAUGUACAUUUAUGUGUAUAAUGUACUAUGUGGUUGGUAACUUGUUAUCUUUAUAUCAUUAAAAUCAAAACAAUAUUUACAGAGUAAUGAUUAUUAUUAUUAUGAUUAUUAUUAUCAUUAUUGUUUUCAAUCAAUUUCGUGCUGUAGAAAAUCUUCAAAACUGUAUUGUUUUCCUUUUGUUUAAUAUUAUUACUGUUAUUAUUACCCAUUAUUAUUACUAUCAUUAAUAAUUUAAUUGUUAAAUAUUCUUUAAAAUGUAUUUGUUUGGUUUUUGUUCAUGUCUUGAGAAUUUUAAUUACUUUGACAAUUUGUCACAUUAUGAUUAUGAUUAUUAUUAUUAUUUUUGACAAAAAUGGACUAACAACAUGUUUCUGAUUUUAUUUCUGAUAUUUUUCUCUUGUUCUUCUCAUUUACUAUGUACUUGUUUUUGUGUGUGUGUGUGUGUUUAAUGGCUUUAUGUACUCAUGAAAAUUGCUCACACUACUUAAUGGCCUUUAAAACUUUAUAUGCAUAUAUAUAUAUAUGCUGUAGUUUCAAAUCACUUUCGUUUAAACCCACUCUGCAGUGUACUCUUGAUUUCCAGUUACUUGUUUGAUACAGUGUGAAGUGUACACCAAAAGUUCUGUACAUAUUAGAUCUGUUUUUUUCUUGUACAUACUUUGAGUAUUUUGAUUUUUCAUACACGUAAUUAAAUAAGGAUUGAAAUUCAAUGCAUAAUUGUAAUGAGAUAUCAAUCAGUUAGUAUGGUGAAAUGCGCUAAGUAAAAAAUGAGCCAAUAUGUUGUGACCAUAAGUUGCAUUGUAUAUAAUCCACUAUUAGAUUUCUCACAUCAAUUAUUUCGUUAGCAUAAUGGAUUGAAUAUGGCAUGUAUUAGUUAAGUACAACAUAAAAUAUGACAAACUAUGGCUAAUUUAACUCUGUAGAAAACGUUUUGCUUUAGUCAUAUUUGACCUACAAAAGGGCGAAUACUUGAGUGUAAUAUAUAGAGAUUGGUACUACGUAAUAGUUGGUCUGUCAUGUAAUAAUCGAUCUAUAUUCUAGCAGUUUUACCUACAAUAUUGAGUCACUGUUUUUGUUUCGAAGGCACAAAAUAUUUAUGUCUGCGACGUAUGGUUUUCGCCUUUUCAAUGAUUCACUCCAUAAAUAAAUGAAGUGGACGAAUAACACAUGAAAUAGGUAUGGUGAUCAUCUUUUGUGUACGAGAUUUACUAAUGUAGUUUUGAUAGAUAAAAUUUCCAAGAUAUAAAUGUCAGUGCGUCAUUGGAUAUUUCUCAAGGUUUGAUAUAGAGAUAGAUUUAUUGUGUUCUAAAUCCUGAUGAUAAUCUGACUCGAAUUAUUUAUGGGCUUUUAGCCGUCAAACGAUUGAUAAGCAGAGGUUUAAGUAAUUUGGCCUUGGAAUAGUUUAUUGACAUAUGUAUUCGUUCCUUUUCUGUAAUUUUGUUUGACUCAACCGAUUUCUACAGUUUCUUAAUCCUCAUAUUUGUUUAAGAUUAUCAUUAAGUCCAUUAAUUAACCAAUCAAUCAUCAUUUAUAUGAUACAAAGCUCUUAAUAUUUAUCUGAUUACUCGUUUGUAUGUUUAAAAAUUACUUCUUAUGCAACGGAAACUAUUGUGAAGAGAAUCUAUUUUUUCAGUCUUAUGAAAGAAAACAUGCUUUCGAUUUGGCUACUAAACAAAUGUCUGACCGCAUAAAAAGUUUUUUUCUUGAAUGCAAAAUACACUUUAAUAUCACAAUAAUGAUUAAGUUCAGUCUACGGAGAAAUUUAUAGUAUGUUUUUAAGGAAGUCUAAAACUAUUUUUUUGUAUAAAUUCACUUGAUAUUGUUUGUUUGUUUGAAUCUUCCCAUUGAAGUUUUUAGGACUAAGAUUGAUCAGUCUCUUAUUAGCAUAUGUGCAGACUGUUUAUUGCCCCAAGUCAAAAGCAUUAUAAACAAAGAUGGAUAUUGGCUAGUAGUGAAAUCCAGGACUCGCGUUACGUUCCACUUGGAACUCGUCAGCCGGAUGUACCUGCAUCCCAGAAUUGAUGUUCACUGUGGGACUCGAACCCAGUACCGUUCACUUCAAACGCCAUCGCGUUAUCAAUUUAGCUAUUGAGUUCUUAUAGCCAUUUUAUUGUGCAGAUACAUCCAGCUGACGAAUCCCAAAUAGGACGAAACGCACGUCCUGGGUUCUAUUGCUAGCCACCGUCCAUCUUCAUUUUAUAUAUAGUUCAGAAGGAACUACAUUUCCAAUAGAUUGUUAAACAUCAUACAAUAUUGGUCCCUAUUUUCAAAAUACAUCUUAAUAGAUUUAAAAACAACAGGAUGCAUAGUUGUAUUUAAGAAAAAGACUUCACAGAAUGGUAAAUAAAAUCUGUAGAGCUAAUUACCGAUGAUCGCAACUUAUCGCGGAAAAAGAAUUGUAAAUUAACUGCAGGGAAUUCCUCGGAAUGUCUUCGGGAUUUUAAGCAAGUUGAAGAUUAUCUUCAGUAUACAGUUUGAUCAAUCCCAAAAAAAUAUGUAACCUAUAAGUGUAUAGGUCAAGUUUACACUUGGAAAUGGAUUUUACCAUUCACAUUUUCUUCCCUGGGCUGAUAUCAUUGAUUAGCGUUGAGAAUAAAACCGAUUCGUAAGGAAUAAUCGUUCA